ACAAACGUCUCAUCAGUUUAUCGACAUUAAGGUUUAUCGACACCACUUCAUUAAAUAUAUGUGUGCUUGAGUAAUAAUAUGUAUCACAAAUUAUGUGUCCGAGGAAAGAGGAAUUUGUUAAAGCAAAUCGUUUAUUAUUCGACAUCAAAGCCUGGAAAAGUGUUGGCAAUCCGUAGGGAAGACCAGUCAGUAUGGGAGAGAAGAGCGCCAUUUUGUCCCACCAACGUCAACCGACUGGUGAGACAGGGGGUCAAGGUGAUCGUGCAACCCUCCAAUCGAAGAGCUUAUCCUAUGCAGUCAUACAUAAAUGCUGGCGCAAGCGUGCAAGAAGAUAUAAGUGAAGCGAACGUCAUAUUCGGAGUUAAACAGGUCCCGAUAGAUCUGCUCAUACCGAACAAAACUUACUGUUUCUUCUCACACACGAUCAAAGCGCAGGAGGCUAAUAUGCCAAUGUUAGAUGCAAUCUUGGCAAAGAACAUACGUCUGAUUGACUACGAGAAGCUAAUGGACCGUAGCGGUAAUCGAGUGGUGGCGUUCGGGAAAUACGCGGGAGUCGCAGGAAUGAUAAACAUUCUACACGGUCUGGGAUUACGCUUGCUGGCUUUAGGACAUCACACACCUUUUAUGCAUAUUGGACCAGCACAUAACUAUCGCAACUCCAGUAUGGCUCGGCAAGCAAUCCGCGACGCUGGAUAUGAAGUGUCCCUGGGAAUGAUGCCCAAAUCAUUGGGACCGCUCACUUUCGUUUUCACUGGCUCUGGAAAUGUAUCUCAAGGUAGUCAAGAAAUAUUUCAAGAGUUGCCCCAUGAAUAUGUACCCCCGGAAAUGCUGCGAAAAGUCGCGGAACAUGGAAGUCCAAACAAAAUAUAUGGGUGUGAGGUCAGACGCCGCCAUCACCUCGUGAGGAAGAAUGGAGGUGGUUACGAUCACCAAGAAUACGAGGAGCACCCAGAACGAUACAUCUCUACGUUUGCACAAAAGAUAGCGCCUUACACAUCCGUUCUUGUUAACUGCAUAUACUGGGCAGUGGAUAGCCCAAAGCUGCUCACCAUACCUGAUGCCAAGCACCUGCUGCUUCCAACUCAUACACCCUGGCUGCCCACUAGUGUUGGAGCGCCGGCUUUGCCCCACAGAAUGCUGGCUAUCUGCGACAUAUCGGCGGACCCCGGGGGUUCCAUCGAGUUUAUGAACGAAUGUACGACCAUCGACACACCAUUCUGCCUUUACGAUGCUGACAGAAAUAAGGACACAAAGAGUUUCAAAGGGCCCGGUGUAUUAGUGUGUUCGAUCGACAACAUGCCAACGCAACUACCACGGGAAUCUACCGACUUCUUCGGAGAUCUUCUGUUCCCCUACGCUGAUGAUAUCCUGGCGUCCGAUGCUAGUCGACCGCUUGAAGACCAUAAAUUUUCACCUGUUGUUCAGGGUGCCAUUAUAACCAGCAAUGGAAAGUUGACGCCUUCCUUCGAGUACAUCAAUGAACUACGCAUGGCGAAUAACCGAUCUCGGCACAAGGUGGAAGGUAAUGACCAACAAUCUCCGGUGGUUAUCCUGGGCAGUGGACUCGUAUCUGCGCCCGUUGUGGAGUAUCUUUCCAGAGAUAAGAAUGUCGCUGUCACCAUUGCGUCUGCAGUAAAGGAAGAAGCUGACGCUCUUGCGGAGAAAUACGGAGUAAGGGCUGAGUAUUUGCAAGCUAAUGACGAGCACGCUCUACAGUCGCUCGCUUCCAAGGCGCGUGUCGUGGUCUCCUUGUUGCCGUACGACCUGCAUGGAGCAGUGGCCAGAGUGUGUGUUAAUGCGGGGGCCCACAUGGUCACUGCAUCCUACGUGCAACCGGCAGUGCGCGAACUGCACGAUGCAGCAAAGGAGGCUGGUGUGACACUUCUAAAUGAAAUCGGUUUGGAUCCAGGUAUUGAUCACCUUCUGGCCCUGGAGUGCAUUCACAAUGUACAGAACCACGGAGGAAGGAUCGACUCUUUCGUCUCAUACUGCGGAGGCUUGCCAGCUCCUGAAUUCAGUGACAACGCCUUGAGAUAUAAGUUUUCGUGGAAUCCGCGCGGAGUGUUGCUGAACACAAUAUCAGCCGCUAAAUAUCUUAGCAGAGGACAAAUAGUAGAAGUAUUGAGCGGUGGAGAGCUGAUGUCUGUAGCUCGAGAUCUAGAUUUUCUACCAGGGUUUGCGUUCGAAGGCUUCCCCAACAGGGACAGCACCACCUACUCCUCGCUGUAUGGCAUUGAAGACGCGCACACCAUGUUUAGAGGAACCUUGAGAUACAAAGGUUUUGCGGAGACAAUAAAGGCUCUGCAGCUGUUCGGCCUUGUGGAUCCAAAUCCACACCCCUCCUUACAUCCCGAAGGACCUCAGAUUACGUGGCGACAAUUUGCAUGUGAGCUGCUGGGUUUGAUGGACUCUUCGAUCUUCUACGAGAACCUCAGGACGCGUCUGUCGGAGCGUAUUGGAGAGCGGGGUGCCUUAGCGGUGGAGUCACUAGGGCUCCUUGGAGACGAGCUCGUUGUCAAGUGUGGCUCGCCACUCGACACCAUCAGCCAUUACCUGGGGAAACGACUCACGUUGGAGAAAGAUGAAACAGACUUUGUGGUGCUACGUCACGAGAUCGGAGUGACGUGGAGUGACGGCAAGAAGGAGCGGCGCGAGGUGACCAUGACGGUGCGAGGGGAUCCCCUCGGCCACACAGCCAUGGCGCGCACUGUGGGGCUCCCCACCGCUAUCGCAGCCAAGAUGGUGCUCGAUGGUGAGAUCCAAGAGCGCGGGGUGGUGCUGCCUUUUGCACCUGUUGUAUACAAAUCUCUACUGUCCCGGUUGAGGUCAGACGGAAUAAUCGCUAGAGAAGUAUCGCGACCUCUCAACUAAGUCCAACUCCUUUAGUUGGCUGUUCUAGGAGGAUGAUUUAGAGUUGCGAUUUCUCGAAUUAUAACGCCUCCUCUUGGUGUACAUUGGUCGGUAUUGAUGCCAUCGGCGAGGUAAUCGUCACAAGUACAGAAAUCCACAUAAUUUCUGAUCAUUUAUUGUACGGUGAACUUGCAAAAUGGACGUGGAGUGGAGCUUAUAGCUGCUGCUACCAUUAAUUUAGUUUCAGUGCAUACAAUAGUUGUGAAAUAAAUUUGAAGACGAGAUAAUGGUAAUCCUAUGAUUUUGGAUCGAUACACGAGCAAACACAAUCGAAUUACUUAUACCCUAAACACAUGGUCGGAUUUGGUACGGUACUGCCGGACUGUCCGGUGGGUGCCACAUACCAAUUUUGGGCGAUGAAAAAUACCAUCUAAUAGUCCGCUACUGGACCGCGUCCAAUGGUUCGGCCGUAUCAAAUCCGAUCAUAAGUAUCAGGCUGUUACAAUUUUCGAUGCGCGCCCAAAAAACCAACUAAUUUCCCGUUCGCCACGAUCACUACAACGAUGAUCGGGGACUACAAGCGAGUUACCCUCACAUGGUCGUGCAGGACAUUAAAAUAUAGGGAGAGGGCAUCAUAAUACUCAUCACUUCAGCUGGAAGACGUCCACUGACAAAGGACUGGACAAAGGCUUUCCCUAAAGAUCGCCAUGACAAUCGGUCCUGCGCUGCCCUCAUCCAACGUGUUC